GAGAAGGGUUUGAAGUCCACUUCCCAUCGGCUCUUCCCUCCGAAAACGUUUUGCGCGAUUCGGUCAAAGAGACUAUGGCGCGCCGCGACGAUACCAACCCCUUCGACGAAGAAGAAGAAGUCAAUCCCUUCUCCAAGGGUGCAGGUCCUGGUUCAAAAUUGCGUUUCCCUUCACUGUCAUCUCUGCCUCUGGGUUUUGGCAAUAAACAUGAUGCUACUGUUGACAUACCACUGGAGACAAUGAAUGAUACAAAGAAGAAGGCAAAAGAACUUGCAACAUUGGAAGCGGAUCUGAAAAGGAGAGAAACGGCCAUUAAACGCAGGGAGGAUGCUUUAUCAAGUGGUGGCGUUUCUACGGAGGAGAAGAACUGGCCUCCCUUUUUCCCAAUCAUUCAUCAUGACAUAGCUAAGGAGAUACCGGUACAUGCUCAGAGGUUGCAAUAUCUGGCUUUUGCAAGCUGGCUGGGGAUAGUUCUUUGUCUUGUAUGGAAUGUCACUGCAGUGAUCGUCUGUUGGAUUAGAGGUGGAGGGAUUAUAAUCUUCUUCCUUGCGACUAUUUAUGCUUCACUUGGAUGCCCUCUUUCAUAUGUGCUCUGGUACAGGCCUCUUUAUCGUGCAAUGAGGACUAAUAGUGCAUUGAAGUUUGGCUGGUUUUUCCUUGUGUACCUGUUCCACAUUGGUUUCUGUAUCUUUGCUGCUAUUGCUCCUCCAAUUUUAUUUCAGGGAAAGUCAUUGACGGGUAUCUUGGCUGUGAUUGAUGCUAUCUCAGAUCAAGUGUUGGUGGGGGUCUUUUACUUGGUCGGAUUUGGCUUAUUUUGCUUAGAAACACUUAUAAGCCUGUGGGUACUUCAGAAAGUUUACAUUCAUUUCAGAAGGCAGAAAUGAAGAUGGUGCUGGGAGCAAACAUGAAACCUUUAAUUCAUUAUCCUGUUGCUUGAGCUGUCUACGCCACAUUCUUUCUUAUAUUUUCUCUCUCUCUCUCUCUCUCACACACACACACAUUCUCUGUUAUUCUUUUUCCGUUUUUUAGAAAAAAAAUGUUGUUUGAUGAAGGGGUGCAAAUGCUUGGCAGAGUACAAAAUGAUUCCAAUUCUUUCUUCUGUUAUUUUUGUAUCAAUAAGGUCUCCUCUGCUUUUUGCCUGAGGUCUGGGGUUAUUAAUAUGAAACAUCAUGUUUCUGUUGCAUUUUCCAAGAUCUUUAUCUGGUGAAGGUUUCCAGAAGUUGCGGGUUGAACUUAAUGUCAUCAAUUAUCCCCCCUUUUCUUUGGGUUUUUCUUCUUUUUUUUUCCUUUUGUGUGUGACUGCAGCUGUAUGCUCUUUGGUUUUAGUUGCUGCGAUUUGAGGUUUGUGAAGUGGGAUUUAGGGCAUUCCAAUGACAGGCAUAUGGAUUGUGUCAGGAUCAAGCAUUGCCUCAUUACUGGAUCCUUGGGUCUCCUUUAUGACUUUGUUAGGAUCAUCUUAUUAGUCUGAUAACAUUCAAAGACCUCAGGCAACCCGUAAGUGGCUUUCACGAUUCUUUAACCAACACCCAGUUGUUUUCAUGGGUAAAAGCGAAAUCUAUUACCAAUAUCACUAUUGUCAUUACUGUCGAAUGCAAAUUAUAAUUAUUAACAACACAUUGUGAUCAUAGUUAUGUUUACAUUAACAGUUCCAAUGUAAAGGUUAAAUGUGGGGGGUUGUUAGUUCCUUCUGUUGUAAUGCGAAAUAUAGAAUGAUCUUGAAGGUAAAGAAGACUAAUGAGACAAAAAGAUGCCUUGAAAUUUUGUGAACCACCCUCCAGAU